AUGGACCUGGAGAAAUUGUUUGCCAUACAUUCGAUUCUUCACCUCAUAUAUCACCGCAACAAGAACCAGCAUGGCAAUACUAAGUGGUGGAAGUGGCUGGCGAUCCUGAAGCGAACAACCCGGAAGCUCGUCAUGUCUAUUGGGCAUCGGCCGUCACACAUCGCAUGUCAAUCUACGGCCCCAAAGUACAUAAAACCCCUGGCGCACACCAUUAUUCCUAGAUGUUACCUCGUAUUCUCAACGGUUGUGGCCGACGGGCAAUUCUCCACACUUGGGACAGUGCUUUUAGCCACGCUGGCCCGCCUUGCUAAGGCGAUUGGAAUCCAGAAGGAGCUCAAAAUCCCUGCUACGACGGUGGGCACCUCUGCUCUCGGCAGCAGCAGCGAAACCACCAAAGAGGAAGAUGUAGGGAUAGUCGUUUCACGGGCCAGACACAAGGCAGUCACACCAUUGCCGCCAGACCAUUGUGACCUGGAUGAUCUGGGUCGCAUCGCGUACCGUAAAAGUACAGGUAGCCUGCCAAGGGGUUCAGGACGCUGCGAAGAGACGAAGAUGGAGGAGCGGAUCCAGAAGAAGAAAAAGAAGAAUAGGAGAAAGGAUGCCAUCGACGAUUUGUUCGACUCUUUGCUGUAG